GCACGUGCCUCUCUCUCUCUCUCUCUCUCUCUCUCUCUCUCUCCACCAUCCUAUCGGUAGUUGUCGUCCCGCCCUCACUCUGUCUCUCUCUCUAUAUAUAUAUAACCCCCACUCUCUACCCUUCCAAUCCAACCACAUUUUCCCCUUCCCUCGGCUCGUCGGAAUUCACGAGGCGAGCUCAUCUUCCACGACCACAGGUGUAUUAGGACUACAGUAUGGCUUCCGGACAACUCUUCUCCCGAACUACACAAGCAUUAUUCUACAAUUACAAACAACUACCCAUCCAACGGAUGCUUGAUUUUGACUUCCUAUGUGGGAGAGAAACACCUUCAGUUGCUGGAAUUGUCAAUCCUGGUUCUGAGGGUUUUCAGAAACUCUUUUUUGGUCAGGAGGAAAUUGCUAUCCCUGUACAUUCAGCUGUUGAGGCUGCUUGCGCUGCACAUCCUACUGCAGAUGUUUUCAUAAACUUCGCAUCAUACAGAAGUGCUGCUGCUUCAUCUAUGGCAGCUCUUAAACAGCCAACCAUUAGAGUAGUGGCUAUAAUAGCUGAAGGCGUUCCUGAGUCGGACACCAAGCAGUUGAUUGCUUACGCAAAGGCAAAUAACAAGGUUGUUAUUGGCCCAGCCACUGUUGGAGGUAUUCAAGCUGGAGCUUUUAAGAUUGGUGACACUGCUGGAACACUCGAUAAUAUCAUUCAAUGCAAGCUUUACAGGCCUGGAUCUGUGGGUUUUGUCUCCAAAUCAGGUGGCAUGUCCAAUGAAUUGUAUAAUUCGAUUGCCCGUGUAACAGAUGGAAUUUAUGAAGGUAUUGCAAUUGGAGGAGAUGUGUUUCCUGGCUCAACACUUUCUGACCAUGUUCUGCGGUUUAACAACAUCCCACAGAUUAAAAUGGUGGUUGUGCUCGGGGAACUUGGUGGCCGUGAUGAGUAUUCCCUUGUGGAAGCCCUGAAACAGGGGAAAAUUAGCAAACCUGUGGUUGCUUGGGUCAGUGGAACUUGUGCACGGCUCUUCAAGUCCGAAGUACAAUUUGGUCAUGCGGGAGCCAAGAGUGGGGGUGAGAUUGAAUCUGCACAAGCAAAGAAUCAGGCACUUCGGGAUGCUGGAGCUGUUGUCCCUACUUCAUAUGAAGCAUUUGAAGGUGCAAUUAAAGAAACAUUUGAGAAGCUGGCUGAGGAAGGAAAGAUUUCUCCUGUAAAAGAAGUUAAGCCUCCACAAAUCCCUGAGGAUCUUAACACUGCUAUUAAGAGUGGAAAAGUCCGAGCUCCAACUCAUAUUAUUUCUACAAUAUCCGAUGACAGAGGUGAAGAGCCAUGCUACGCUGGUGUCCCAAUGUCUUCCAUUGUUGAACAGGGGUAUGGGGUGGGUGAUGUUAUUUCCCUGUUGUGGUUCAAACGCAGCCUCCCCCGUUACUGCACAAAGUUUAUUGAGAUCUGCAUAAUGUUAUGUGCUGACCAUGGUCCCUGUGUGUCUGGUGCUCAUAACACCAUAGUAACUGCAAGGGCAGGAAAAGAUCUCGUGUCCAGCCUUGUUGCAGGUUUGCUAACAAUUGGUCCCCGAUUUGGUGGGGCUAUUGAUGAUGCGGCCCGAUACUUUAAGGAAGCUUAUGACAAGGGCAAUUCUCCAUAUGAGUUUGUGGAGAAUAUGAAAAAGAAGGGCAUUCGUGUGCCUGGAAUUGGCCACAGGAUCAAGAGAGGUGACAACAGAGAUAAGAGAGUAGAGUUGCUCCAGCUAUUCGCACGUACUAAUUUCCCUUCAGUCAAGUACAUGGAAUAUGCUGUUCAAGUAGAAACCUACACUCUCUCCAAGUCAAAUAACCUGGUCCUUAACGUUGACGGUGCCAUUGGGUCCCUUUUCUUGGAUCUUCUUGCUGGCAGUGGUAUGUUCACCAAGCCAGAGAUUGAUGAGAUUGUUGAGAUUGGUUAUCUCAAUGGGCUCUUCGUGUUGGCACGCUCCAUCGGUUUGAUUGGGCAUACCUUCGACCAGAAGAGAUUGAAGCAGCCACUAUACCGUCACCCGUGGGAGGAUGUUCUCUACACUAAGUGAAAAGUUUCUCAGUUCCAACGGGGUGAAUAAUUUCCCAGUUCCAACUCACACAUUUCCUUUCGAAGUUUCGAUCAUGCCAGCUAUCUGGGGUGAUUGUUUAGUCUUUAGAUUAGUCUCUGUAUUGCUAGUGCCAGAAAGAACUCCAUUUUGUUGGCUUCAAUGAAAGUCGUAACAGGGUAUCUCUCCGUUGUCAUUUAUUUAUUUGAGGAAAAAUGAGUUCACUUUUUCAGAAGGAUAAAGCAUGGUACACUUGGGUGUACCGUAGAGAUGUUAUGCAUUUUUAACGCUUGCUAUUCAAUUUUUUAGCAUAUGUUAUGUAAUAUUGUUUUUAGUUA